CAGCCGCGCUCCUGCCCGCUGAGCCGCCCGCCAUGCGGCCGCCGCUCUACCGCUGCCACAACACCACCUCGGUGGAGAAGGGCAACUCGGCGACGAUGGGCGGGGUGCUCUUCAGCGCCGGCCUCCUGGGCAACCUGCUGGCCCUGGGGCUGCUGGCGCGCUCGGGGCUGGGGUCGUGCCCGCCGCGCCCGCCGCCCUCGGUCUUCUACGUGCUAGUGUGCGGCCUGACGGUCACAGACUUGCUGGGCAAAUCCCUCGUGAGCCCCUUCGUGCUGGCCGCCUACGCGCAGAACCGGAGCCUGUGGGGACUGGCGCCCGCGUCGGGCAGCUCGCUGUGCCAAGCCUUCGCCUUCUUCAUGUCUUUCUUUGGGCUCGCCUCGACGUUGCAGCUCCUGGCCAUGGCCCUGGAGUGCUGGCUGUCCUUGGGGCACCCCUUUUUCUACCGACGGCACUUCACCCUGCGCCGCGGCGCGCUCGUGGCGCCGGUCGUGGGCGCCUUCUGCCUGGCUUUCUGCGCGCUGCCCCUAGCGGGCUUCGGGAAGUUCGUGCAGUACUGUCCCGGCACCUGGUGCUUCAUCCAGAUGGUGCACGAGGAGCGCUCGUUGUCGGUGCUGGGCUACUCAGUGCUCUACGCCAGCCUCAUGGCACUGCUGGUCCUCGCCAUCGUGCUGUGCAACUUGAGCGCCAUGCGCAACCUCUACGCGAUGCACCGGCGGCUCCGGCGGCGCCCGCGCUCCGGACCUCGCGACCGCGCGGAGCCGGGCGCCGACGAGAGGGAGGCGGCCGCGCAGCCCCUGGAGGAGCUGGACCAUCUGCUGCUGCUGGCCCUCAUGACCGUGCUCUUCACCAUGUGCUCCCUGCCUUUAAUAUAUCGCGCUUACUAUGGAGCAUUUAAAACUGUCCAUGAGAAAGAGGGAACCUCUGAAGAAAUGGAAGACCUCCGAGCCUUGCGUUUUCUAUCUGUAAUCUCCAUUGUGGACCCUUGGAUUUUCAUAAUUUUCAGAACACCAGUAUUUCGGAUGUUUUUUCACAAGAUUUUCAUAAGGCCUCUUAUGUACAGAAAUUGGCCCAGCAAUUCCUGUCAAACUAACAUGGAGUCCAGUCUGUGACACUGUUUUACCACCCAGUCUCUGGUAAGCUGAGGAGUAUGUUACAUUUUCUGUCAAAGAACCAUGUUAAAAAAAAAACCAAAAACCUUACAUUUUAAAAGUUAUCUCCUAUAACAAAACAUCUAAAUGUAUUUUCAAAACUAUUUGAUAACAUCUUUAACAAUGUGCAGUCACUCUAUAUUCAUGAGCCAGUACAGUAGAUGUUUUCAUUUCGACUUGUUAACAACAACUACAAUUUCAUAUAUUGUAACCAAUGUUAAAAGUCUUAAAGUGAUGAUAGGAUGAUAUUAAUUGUUCCAACGUUUGUGCUUGGUGUCCCUAAUUUGUUAGAGAGGUCUAGAGACCUCUGGUGUCCCUAAUUUUUUAGAGAGGUCUAGAGACCUCUGGGUCUUUAUUCAAAGCCAACAGAAACACCACUGUUUACAAUUAUGUGAUGUGUGUUCUUAAAAUUUCUGACCCUAUUCAUUUCUAGUGAAACCUGAUUUGUUGACUCUGUAUUGUAAUAGCCUGAAUUAUAGAUGCUCCACAGAGAAAUGAGAUGGGGAAUACAGCCAGGUCAGGGUUUGGAGAGACCUUCCCCAGCCGCCCUCUGGAGGCUCAUGUGGGGAGGCGGUCUAUAAAUAAGUAGACACAGACAAGGUGUGACUAUGGUCCACAACCCAGAAAAGAAAAAUUAGUUUUUAUCUUUUGGAGUCUAGUUUCUUGUGUGUUAAGGUAUCAAAAUUUGGGAGUGGGUUACAAAAUGUUUCAAUUUUUGGAAAUUUCAUUUUAUAGGUUUAUCAUAUUGAUGGAUUCUUUGCAGGAGGGAUUUAUGCUUCUUUGAAAAACAGGGAUGUAUGACUUACCAGAGAGUCAUGUUUACUGCAUAUGGCUGUGUGAAGCAGCAGGGCAUUCAGCACAGAGCAAAGCCCACCCAGACUCAGCCAACCUCAACUGAUGAUGAUAGCAACAAUCUUAACAUCUACCUGUUAACAGCCACAUUCUGCUCUUUGUGGAAACCGUAAGAUCAUGUUGAGGUUCCUGAGAGCUAUGCUUUCAAAACUAGAGUAGGAUGUGGCUCAGAUGGAGCACAAGUGAGCAUUUAAUUGUACAUUUAAAUGUUUACAAAGGUUAGCGACACUACGGCCAAAAGGGAGAAGUGGGGAAGAUACAGCUGCAGCUAAUAAACCAAACAAGAAACUCUAAGCCCAGUUUGUAGGGCUUUCACCUUUGGUAAAAGAACACGUGGGGCAUGUUAGAGACGUUUCAGCCCCUCUGGGGUCCCUUUGUACCCCAGCACACUCAGACUCUGAGCUGGAGAGCGGCUACAUUUGAAUAGUCCCCGGACCCCCACUCAGCCACCCCUUCCAAAGACAAGAAUAUUUGCCUUAUUUUCAGCUUAGCAGCAACCCCAUUUUUCACCUCUGGUUUGUCUCACAGAUGUAGUAACUUGGAUAUAUAUGUGUAUUUUUUGUGUGUGUGGUAUAGCAAAACUGUGAAAUGGCCAAGUCAGGAAUAUACAAGCUGUAAUUUUAGAGUAUCACAUGACAAAAAUGUAUUUGUUUUCAAGUUUAACUUUCAUUUAUGUAUUUAAUAUGUAAAUAUGUGUUCUAUGGUCAGAGGA